AUGAAAUGCGGGGAUAACCCAUAUGAAGAAGAAUGCAAUUACAACGAGCGGGCAGCACAAGGAAAGUCACAGGAACUCGGAGGAAAAACAGGGGCACAGAGCGGCCACACCCUCGUCCGGGGAGGCGGCGGCCUCGGCGGCGGGACCUCACCUGCGGGACCUCACCGGGCAGGGCGGCCCCGCGCCGGGCCCCGGCCCCGCCUCCAGCCCCACUGCGGCGCCGGCAGCAGGACGCCGCUCGCCGCCCCGCGGACCGGCCCGCCGCGCGCCGCGCUCUACUUCCGGGGCGGCGCUCUGGCAACCGAAGACGCGGCCGCUGGCGCCGCGACUGCUUCCGGGGUCACAUUUUCCCGGCCGCUCCCUAGGCCCCCGCCCGCUGCGCGCUCCGCGGAGAUCCUAGAAGAGCCGGUCCUCCACCCCCGGGAACCUCGCAGCCUUCAGGACCCAGGGAUGAGCCGGAAAGAAGAGAAACAAUUUUACGUCCCUGCUCUGAUACAUUCUAGCUGUUUGGGCAAAGGCACCUCCGAUCUUCUGCAUGACAACUUCUCCCCAGAGAAAUCUCCGUCUCUCAGGGGUGGAAGAGAUUUUAAAUUCCUGGUGCAUGGCACCUAGGAAGUCGCAUCACUUGGCUUCCCACAUCCUCCUGCCUUAUGCAGCAUACGUGCCAUUCCAGAUGCAUCACCAGCAGCCAAAAUACUAGAAGGCUUGGCGACAGCCAAUGGAAGGAGACCAACAUCACAGGGAAGA